UCAAAUAGGCAGUAGCCUACUGUAUAGAGACCAUAGUAAUAAUGCAACCGGAUGUAACCUUGACUUAUAGCACAUAUUAUCUAUAAACGUUAUCGAGUAAAUGUAGUUAUCCGCCACGCCCUCCCUGUGAGUGUUUGUGGGCGUUACGUAAGCCUAGCUACGCACAGGAUGUUUUAGACGGGAAACUUCUGUGUAUUCAGGUAGUCCCUAGUUGAGUUCGACUGAGCUGCCAACCUCGUACUCUAGCUGCACAUUAAAGUUUGCAGGAUGCCAGCACUCUCCAAGGAAUAUGGCUAUGUGGUGCUGACUGGAGUUGCCAGUAUUGUCAUGGUUGGACAUCUGGCCAUUCAAGUUGGCAAAGCCCGCAAGAAGUACAAGAUAGAUUAUCCUCAGAUGUACAGCGAUGACCUGGAAAAUGGAAACAUUUUCAACUGCAUCCAGAGAGCACACCAAAACACUCUGGAGAUCUACCCCGCCUUCCUUUUCUGUCUUGCAAUUGGUGGACUGCAUGCUCCCCGUCUUGCCAGUGGACUUGGAGUUGCAUGGAUAAUUAACAGAGAGGUGUACGCACACGGAUACUCCACAGGAGAUCCCAAAAAGAGGAUGCGGGGAGCGCUCGGAACCGUGGCUUUCCUCGGGUUGAUGCUGACCACAAUCUGCCACGGCCGCAACCUGCUGGGCUGGACCGGACCCCGCAUGGGCCCCUUCCGUCAAGUUAGCUGUUGCUAAUGAGGAUCAAAUCUUCAGGAUGCUCAUUCACUUUAUAAUCAAAGCCACUCAAACAUAUCCCUUGCAGUAUGCAUGCUAACCCAGGACCAAUUUCACUUUUGAAGUUCAUGUUGUCACCAACCAGUUCCCCAGGUAGAGAAAUUCUUCAUUUAGAAAAAAUGAACAGGGAAGUCACUGUUCGGCGCUCCCAUGACAUGCAAAUGAAUGUCGUGUAUCAAGCACCCUGAUUUAGACAUUUAAAUAGCCAUGACUUGAAUAAUCAUUUAUAUUUUCUGUAAUAGAAAAUGAAGAUGCUGUAAUAAGGUUUGCACAGGGAAGAAAAACUGACAAUGGUUGGUAAAAACUAUUGCUGUUCCUUUUUUAUUUCGAUUUUUUUCAGAUGUUUUGCAUACAGGGUUUUGAGUUUUCACAUUGAUGAUAAUAAAUAUUAAACAUUGUUAAUACUUAA